UACAAACAGCGCACCCUGUACAACCCCAAGAAACGGCAACCUUGGCUCGCCUCGGCACACCAGUGCCGCGCCGUCCGCACCAGCAACCAACCAUUCGAGAUGUGGUGCCGCAAGCAAGCGGCCGCGGCCAUCUUGCCUCUCCUCCUCGCCGGGUGGUUCACCGGGGACUCGUCACAGGCCCUCACGACCUUCGGCAAGAGUAACACACAAGCUCCAAGAGAAGUAGGACCGACAGCGCCCCCUGCCAAGCCGUGUUCGAGACAAGCGGAGUGCAUCGCGGUCGCAAGCAGCUCGUGCGUGCGGACUCACUUCGACUCACAGACGAGGUGUCUCUGCGGGGACAACAGUGCGCCGAUCAAUGGGCAGUGUGAGGCGCUGACCAAAUCGUUAUACCACGCCUGCACUACAAGCGAGGAAUGCAACGAUGGUCUCUCCUGCGGCACACCGAACGCGACGGACAAGGCGCCUCAUCUGCGCAUGCUGGGGCCUAAAGACACGAUCUGCCUUUGCGACACGGAGAGCGGGUUCAGAGAAAAGGACCAUACUUGCAGUGACGCUGACAUCUUGAAGACGUCACUCUUCGCCAUCGUCGUCGUCUCCUGCAUAAGAAAGAUCCUGGCGAACUAGUUUACUACACGAGUGUACGCACAUCAGUAAAAAUCAUUUAUUUUAGUUCAUAUCAAAAGAUUUCAGUAUGACAUACCCAUAAAACAACAACUUAAAGAAAUAAUUUUCACCACGCCAACACGAACAAAUAAUAACGGUUUAAUUUUUUUUUAUACUACGUCGGUGGCAAACAAGCAUACGGCCCGUCUGAUGUAAUGCGGUUACCGUAACCUAUGGACGCCUGAAACUCAGACAGUGUCACAUGCGCGUUGCCACC